AAUCGGCCUACAUGUUGUUAUUGUGCAGUUAAACAUUUGAAACGAUAAUAACGAUGUAUCUUUCUUAAUAAUACUUAAUUAUAUUAUCAAAACACCCAUUUCCACUCACAGCGUUUGUUAGCAUUAUUUUAGUUUUGAAAGAUCGGAAACGCAUAGUUAUUAUCAGUGCUAGCUUGGUUUAGCUCCCGACAAGAGUUUUGUGGUUUGUGGAAUGUUUGGUUUACCAGAAGUAGACGGGCUGAUAGAGAAAGUAACUUUGUGCUGGUCUAACUCUUCGUUAUAACUUUCUCCCACCGAAGAAGGGAGAAAAGGACCUAUGAAACUGGUUUAGUUAGGUUUUAUUUAAAGUCACUUCGGAACAAAAAGGAAUAGCGAGCCCAGAAGUGGAUCCGGUUGCAUUAGGUUAUCAUUCAACAUCUUCAAAACUGUUUUUCCAGUUAGCUAGUUGAGUUUCAGUAAAGCCAAUGCUUUUGCCAUUCUGGAAAAAAGACGCAAAAUGUCUCUUCUGAUAUUUCAUGGUUUCCAUGUGAUGGUGUGAGGAUGGGUCAGGGUAGUGUCGGCAGUGGCUGCAGCCCUGGAGGCUGAUGAAGCCGCUCCACCGGCCAGUCAGGAUGCACAUAGCUUCAGUGGGUGUCAGCAAGUUCUGCUUCCUGUUCUCCCUGGCGUUCUGCGGCCUGCUGCUCCUGCUCAUCCCGGCCCUCAAACCCCCAACCCGCACGCUGGACCUGCCCCAGCCCCGGCCACAAGUCCGCCCUGCACCGGAGGACCCAUCUCACCGUGUGCGGUCUCCAGGAGGUUCAGACCAUUCAGAUGAAAAUGACUCAGCAGGGUGGGGCAGACCCAUCCAAACUGAAGGGAUCACAAAGGAGAUCCACGGUCCCAAGAGAGGGACGGACUCCAAAGAAGGAGAACUCGCUGGGGGAAAGGGUGGUAGAGUUUCAGGGUCCAGGUCAAGGGACCUGUUGGAGUUAAAGGACAUUUUUAUUGCAGUGAAGACUACCAGGAAGUACCACAAGUCCAGACUGGAACUGCUGAUCCAGACGUGGGUUUCCCAAGCUAAAGAACAGACCUACAUAUUCACUGACGGGGAAGACAAGGAGCUCCGCACGAGGACAGGAGCGAACAUCAUCAACACUAACUGCUCAGCAGCACACACCCGACAGGCUCUGUGCUGCAAGAUGUCUGUGGAGUACGAUAAAUUCAUCGAGUCUCAGAAAAAGUGGUUCUGCCACGUGGAUGAUGAUAACUACGUGAUCCUGCCCAGCCUGCUGCAGCUGCUCUCCUCCUACCACCACAGCCAGGACGUGUACCUGGGCCGGCCCAGUCUGGAUCAUCCCAUCGAGGCUGCAGAGAGGGUCAAGAGUGACGGAUCGGUGUCGGUUAAGUUCUGGUUUGCAACAGGUGGAGCAGGUUUCUGUAUCAGCAGAGGCCUGGCCCUGAAAAUGAGCCCAUGGGCCAGUUUGGGGAAUUUCAUCAGCACAGCAGAGAAGAUCCGGCUGCCAGAUGACUGUACCAUCGGCUACAUCAUCGAGGCGCUGCUGGAGGUGAUGCUAACACAUACACACCUCUUCCACUCGCACCUGGAGAACCUGCAGAAGCUGCCCACCGACACCGUGCUGGAGCAGGUGACUCUUAGCUUCGGAGGCUUUGAGAACAGAAGAAAUGUGGUUAGCGUUGCUGGGGGCUUUUCACUCUUUGAAGACCCCACAAGGUUUAAAACAGUGCACUGCCUUCUGUAUCCAGAUACUAACUGGUGUCCAAAACUCCAACAUCGCCACACAACCUGAAAGCCUCAGUGUUUCCAUCCUGCAGCACUGACUCCUGCUACACAUUUAUCCCACUGCCAUGUUUGAUAUAUGCUACAAAAAGUUCUGAAAGUCGUGUUACAGUAUAUGAAGGAUUCUGCAGUAUUAUCUAGUUCCCUGCUCCGUUUCUGAUGGCAUGGAGUGUUCAAUUGAAACCUAGGCCUUACUGUCACCUACAAACCACUGACUUUUGAUGUGAGUCAACACUUUUCUUUGACUGUUGAUGUUACCCUGAAGUCAAUGUAAAUCAGUCUAGUUUCUUUAGAAUUAAAUAUUGUUGAGGUACUUCUAAAGGAGUCUGAUUGAGAUGACCUGAGAUUAUCAUAAUGGUUUGGACUCAAAUCUUCAUAUUCUGCAUGGGCGGGCACACGUUUCUUUUGUUGCUGUUCCAAUUGGUUGCCUUCAUUUUUUCAGCCAAAUAUCUCAUUGUAUUAGCCCCAUCAUUAUGGUUUUACACUACUUUGUCACUUCCUGUUUGUUCCUGUCUGUAGUUACAUGUUGCAGUGUAAAUAUGAUCAUUAUGUAUUCUGUUUAGGUUGUAGUUUUAGCUCUGCAUGCGCUUCUUUAAGGCAGAGAUAUUUGGUUUGUUGGAGUUAGUGGAGCCAGAUAUUUCAACCACAUCCAUGACAUUUGGUGUGGACAUUCAUGGUCCCCAUUGGGUCCCCUGACCUUUUGUUGUGCAGGGUCAGCUAGUCAAAGUUUCCUGCUGACCAACCCUUUGGCACGAAUUAGGUAAAAGAUCUAGAACAAGAGGUAAAAUGGAGAUUUUUAAACUUGCAAUCGCUCUUAAAUGUACACUGUGUUAAUACUCAGACUUUUCAACUACAGCCAUUGUAAGUUUAUGAGCAAAACACAACGAUUAUGACAGCCUCCUCAGCUGGUCUUUGGUUGAAUGCUAAUUAAUAUCUGAGCCAACACUUUCUUUGAUUUAUUAUUGAACCCUGUUAGCACUAGCACGAGCAUUAGCUAUACUUCCUGGGAUCACAUAUACAGUCAAACAAACAUAAACCGAAACAGCUCAUCAUCUCAUGCAGUUAAGAAUCAAGAAUGACAUGAAAACAAAGAUACAGGCACAGUUCAAUUGUUACUCUAAGGCUGAAUAUUUGAACCGUGCAUGCUAAACAUCAUCAAGAUAGCAUUAGCAUUUUGAGCGUUAGCAUUUAAUCUGCAGCCUCAGAUUAGAUGCUUAGUCAUGUUGCCUUGCUAGCUGCAGUCAUACUGUUUCACUGAGUUUUGACACCAUCUCUGUGAUGUUGACCACUGUUACUCAUUUCAGGCUUCAGGUUUGCCUCUUAGCUGACUUGAACCCUGACAAUUAAUUGAAUCCUCAACUUUGAUCUUCCAGUCCUCUACAAAUCCCAAAGCUCCCUAAUACAAGCAUGCUUUGCUUACUGCAAUUACUCUUUGGUUCCACCCACUCCAGAGACAACAUUUCUGCUUGUAAAAAGUAUUUCUCUAAAACACUCGACUACCUUUUUUGCACACAAGACUAGAAUCCAAAAUCCAGAGCAUGUGUUCCACUGCAGGUCGGUGGAGAGAGUGUUUUUAUAAACCCUUUACCACUGAUGUAUUAUUGUGUUUCAAUAACAAUAAAAAACGUUCUGCAUUGUCAAA